GGCUGCCAUUGGGGGACGAAGCAGAAGAUCCAGUUUGUGGAUGUUUCCAGAGAUUGUGGAUUUAAGAUCUGAGGCUUUCUAUACUACAGGACAUGAUGGGGAGCAGCAGGAUUUCAAGGGAGUUCUCUAUUCUGUGCAAAAUACAGUGUUUGGCCUUUCUGGCUGCAGCACGAAUUGCACCAUGCAGCAACAGAAUCUUUUGCUCAAAUAAUGAAAGCAAAAAUCUAGAGAACCCAGCUGAAAUGGGCCAAGAGCAGCUCCUCGCUGUUGAGUUUCCACACAGGUCUGUCAGUCUGACAAGAAUAAAGAGGGAGUGGGUCAUUCCAGUAAUCAACUUCCCAGAGAACGACAGGGGUCCAUAUCCCAAAUACAUGGUGAAGAUCAAGUCAAGCAAUGAUGAAAAAGUUGCAAUAACCUACAAGAUCAGUGGACCCGGUGCUGAUCAGCCUCCUGAGGGGGUUUUUACUGUUGAUCGGAGAUCCGGGGUGCUGUAUGUGACUCAGCCGCUCGACAGGGAGAAGACAGCUAAUUACAGUCUGUGGGCUCAUGCACUGAAUGAGGGUGUUAAAGCUGAGGAGCCCAUGGAGCUCAUAAUCAACGUCAUCGACCAGAAUGACAACUCUCCAAAAUUCACAAAAAACCCUUUCUACGGCCGAGUGAACGAGAGCGCUGAGAUCGAUGACAUCAUCACAAAGAUAACAGCAGUGGAUAAAGAUGACCCACAGACGAGCAAUGCGAUGAUCAGAUACAGAAUAAAGGCUCAGAUGCCUCAAAUGCCCGGAAAGGACAUGUUUGCAAUAAACCCAGUGAGCGGAGCGAUCAGUGUGAAGGCUGUUGGACUUGACAGAGAGACUCACUCACAGUACAAGCUGAUCGUCGAAGCUGCAGACAUGGAGGGACACGGGUUAGUAUCCACCUGCACUGUCAUCAUAAGCAUCACAGACAGCAACGACAAUGCUCCAGAGUUCACCGUCACAUCUGUAUCCACAUCAGUCCCUGAGAGUGAGGUCGGAGUCGAGGUAGUAAGGAUAAAGGUCACUGACAAGGAUGAGUUAGGAUCUCCAAAUGCCAACACCCGAUACUCGAUAAUCAAGGGCAAUGAGGGGGGGGACUUCAACAUCAGCACGGGCUCCAAUAAAAUGGAAGGAAUACUUAAAACGGCCAAGGAGCUGGAUUUUGAGAGGAUUCCUGUCUUUUUCCUUCUGGUGGCGGUGACAAAUGAAGCGCCGUUUUCUGGCUCGGAGUUAACUUCAACAGCCACGGUCACCAUAACAGUCGUGGACAAGAAUGAGCCUCCCGUUUUCAGUCCGGCAGAAAUCCAUGUGAGCAUCUCAGAGGAUGCGGAUGUAGGGAGUUUGGUGGUUGACCUCAGAGCCAAGGACCCGGACACAGCCAGGAAACAGAGAGUUAGAUAUAAACUACACAAUGACACAGCAGGGUGGCUGAGUGUGGAUAAAGACACAGGAUCAGUCACAGUUAGAAGCAGAAUGGACAGAGAGUCAAACCGUGUCAAAGACAGCAAAUACACCGUUUUAGUUUUGUCUUAUGACGAUGACUCAGUCCCAGCUACAGGCACAGGCACUCUGGUUGUGAGUCUAUUCGACGUGAAUGACCAUCGUCCUGUGAUCCGGCAGAGGAAGGUCAGUCUUUGCAACAGUGACCCUUUACCCGCCCUGCUCGACAUCGUGGACCUUGACGGUACAGGUCACGCUGAACCGUUUACUGUCGAACUUCAGGGAGAGCACAGGACCAACUGGACUGUUAGCACCAAUUCCACAAGCAACAUGGCUGCACUGACCCCUAAAAGAGAGCUGUCACCCGGGGACUACAUUGUGCUGAUGCGUAUCUAUGAUGCUGGCAUGCUCUACCAAGACAGCACACUGGUGGUAGAAAUAUGUCAAUGUCAAGGUGCCGUCUCUACCUGCUUCAUUCCCCGCUCUGCACCUCGUUUGCGUAUUCCCUCUCUUGCAACUACAGUUCUCGGAGCGAUUUUUGUUUUUUUGUUGCUGCUCUUGCUGCUGCUGUUGUUGCUGAGAAGGAGGAGGUCUGAAAAGGAUGUGGCACUUCUUGAGGAUUUACCCAGAGACAACAUCUUCUUCUAUAACGAGGAGGGAGGAGGGGAAGAUGACCAGGAGUAUGACCUCAGCUUACUCCACAGAGGGCUUGAUAACCGUCCUGAAGUCUUCAGUACUGAUGUUUCCCCCACUGUCCAAAGCCGACCAUGCUACCGCCUACAACCCCGAGCCAAUGAAGAGAUUGGCCAAUUCAUCGAGGACAACCUCCACGCUGCAGACGGAGACACAGCAGCUCCUCCGUAUGACUCUCUUCUGGUAUUCGACUAUGAGGGCACCGGCUCGGAGGCGAGUUCACUCAGCUCCAUCAACUCCUCAGAUUCAGACGAGGAGCAGGACUUUGAGAGCCUGUCCCACUGGGGACCACGUUUUACCAGGUUGGCUGACCUGUACACCAACAAGACAGAGGAGGAGGAUGACACAGACACUCUGCCAGGAAAAACAGAAUGGGUUUAAAAGACCUUCAUAGAUCCUCCAAAUAUAUUUGUAUCUACCUCAGGCCCACAGUGAGUAUGUUGAAUUUUCCUGCUGCCUCCUUUGUUUUUGGAAUUUGUUACAGCCUGGUUUCGUCCUGAGAUGAGAGACGCUCGUGCAUUGUGUUUAUAAAUGUGGAUUAUUUCUGCAAUAAGGAGCCGGUUGAAUUAACCAGAUUUGGAAAUCCACUUUUUCACUCUCCAGGAUUAGGAAAUCCUUCUUACUUUUUUCCCCAAAAACCUGUAUGGGAGGACCAAUCUGAUCCAGAUACAGACCUUUGUGGAUUACCAAAGCUCUUAAUGGAACUACAGUACUGAGUUAGACUACAUACUUUGUCCACAGUGGGCACCAAAAUCCACACAAAAUGAAAGAUCCUGAUAUUUGUUUGAAAUUCAAUAUCAUAUGUUUGAUUUUAAAUGCUAAAAUGCUUUAACCAAAUGCUGCUUUAUGUGUAUCCUGCAUGGUUUAUGUUUGUUUCUCCUGAGGCUGCUUACCUGUCUGCUUAAUUACUGUCGUGUUAUUUCUAUUUUUGUAGCUUUUAGCGAUGUUUGAUUUUUUUUAUUUUUUUUUUAUAAAAUCUGGCCAGGGACAACAGAUGAAAAUUAGCCUUUUGGCUAACUCUGGCAUAUUUACCGAAAUGUUCAUUAAUAUGCAAUGUCCCUGUAAAAAAAAAAAAUACAAAAGCCAAUAAUUUAAUACAUUCAUGGGAAAAUUUAAUUUAUUUUUCACAACCCCAUUUUUUACCUUGUCUAGAAGUAGCUUCAGUAUCACUGUAAAAAAAAUAGUUUGACCUACUGAUCCAACCCUAUGUUAAUAAUCUACAACAAUAAUAAUAAUAAUUAUAAUUAUAAUAAUAAUUUAGAUUUAUAUAGCGCUUUUCUAAAUACUCAAAGACGCUUAUGAUAUCAUCACUGUGUGGAUGCAUUAUACCAACUUUGAGGUAAUUCCAUAAAAUGCCAAAUGCUCCGUAGCCUACUCCUGUUUCCAAUAUAGUUUCAUUAGUUUUUUGUUACUUUCAAUGAAGUUACAAAUGUGCUUUACAAAUAGAGCUCUGAUUUAUUUAUAUAUCUAUAUUUUACAUCAUCAUGAUUAUAAAUUAGUAUUUUGUUGUACAUUUUCAAAACUGGUUGGAGGAGCUUUCAAGAAACAAAAAGGGGAAAAUCUUUAAGGGGAUUAGCUUCUAUUUUUAUCCCCAUGUUUAAAUUAAUAACUUACUAAAUUAACAUUUUUUUCAGUGGCCCUUAUCUGCUUCUGUACACAUACCAGACCUGUGAUCAAAAACGGUAACUUUGUGUUAUUCUGAUUUUUUUGUUGUUGUUUAGCUUGUAUUUAAGAAGUGAUAUACAAAGACUGCAUUACUGAUUUGUUAUGUUAGGAAUGCUAGGGUCCUUCAUUAAUAAACUAUUUACCUUUAGGCAACAGCUAA